UGAAGAACGACGGCGAUGAAAAAACAUCUAUCAUCGAUGUCCAUCCCGACAUAAUCCAAACCUUAAUUUUAACGAAACUCGACGGCCCAACUCUUAUCUCCGCGAGUGUUUCUUCUUCGAAACUUUACAAUCUUUGUUGCGACGAUCAUUUGUGGCGAAAAAUUUGUAACUCUUAUUGGCCUUCUACUUCCGACCCGCUUAUCGAGAACAUCAUCUCUACCUUUCCAUCCGGUCACCGUUCAUUUUUCUCGGACUCUUUUCCGUCCAUAAUUCGAAAACCCCUCGUCGGAAAACACCCACGUCAGCAUAUUCCGGCGCCGGAGUUGACCUCGGCGGUGGAUAUUCACUACGACGGCAAUGUAUUGUUCUCGAGAGCUUUGAUUACCGAGGCGAAAACCGGGUGGUUUAUGAGCUCCCCUUUCAGAAUUGAGCUGUUGGGUCAUGAAGAAACUUUUCCGACGCCGGAGAAAUUUUCCGACGGCGGUGAAUGUCGCCGGAAUUUAAUGGAGAAGAUGAAAUUGAGCUGGAUUUUGAUUGAUCAAACUAAGAAUCGAGCGGUGAAUGUAUCGAGUAUGAAAGCGGUAUCGGUCAAACGACAUUGGUUAACCGGAGAAUUGAAGGUUAAAUACUCGACGGUGAUAAAUUCCGGCGCCGGUGCCGGUGCCGGAGAGUUGUUACAAUGUGGGAUAGUUGUCACGUGCGAAGGAAAAGAAGGAGGUGACUUACACGUGCGAGAAGUGAGUAUGCAAAUAGAGGAUAUGGAUGGUAAAGUUUUAUGUGGAAAGGAUAGUUUGGUAAUUUUACGUGACGUUAUCGAAGGAGGAAGGAAAAAAAGAAAUGAAAAUGAAAUAAAAGAAAAUUACGAGAAUUUUUUGGAAUUAAAGAAAAAAUGGAAAGAAAGGAAACAAAUAAAGGAAAAAAGACUGGAUAUGGCAUGUAUAGCAAGCGGAAUUACGAUAUUUAUUGCUUUUUGGACUUUGAUUUUGGUUGGUUCGAAAAGUACUGGGAGUUACUUUGGUUAAAAAUGACAGUUCGGUGGACUAACAUUUUUUCUAUGUGUGAAGUUUGGAGAAAUAUCGAACUACAGAAAAAUUUGUGACGUUCUGACCAGAUGACGACAAAUUACUCUAAAGCUUUUCUUCUCAUUAUUUUAGUUUAGUUAGAAAAGUGAAAAAAAAGUAAUAGCUUGAAAUUAUUUUAUUUCAUUAAUUUUUUUCUCAAUAAAAAAGCAUACAAAAGACACAUAUAUUGUCAGA